AUGGCUUCUACUUCUACUUCCAGUAGCAGCCUAGCAGCAAAGGAGCCCUUCGUGAGCUCCGAAUCCGAAGAGACUCCCGCCGAGAACACCCAAACCACAGUCCCAGAAGGAUCCCUCCUCGCCUGCUCGCAAGUCCUAGUCAGUCAUCUCAUUGUGGUAAAUGGCUUCGGCUACUUUUCUUCCUUUGGCAUCUUCCAGUCCCAUUGGAUCGAUACACUCAACCGCUCUAAUUCAGACAUCUCAUGGGUUGGAUCACUCUCUCUCUUCUUACUGUUCUUCCUGGGUACCCUUUCGGGUCCGAUUAUGGAUCGGGGAUACUUGCGUCACCUGCUGGUAGCUGGCUGCGGGUUUCAGAUUCUAGGGGUGUUUACCACCUCGGCGGUUUCGCAGUACUGGCAGCUUCUGCUUUCGCAGGGUAUUGUACAGGGAAUUGGUAAUGGUCUCCUCUUCACGCCGUGUAUUGCACUUGUGUCAACGUACUUUACGAAGCGGCGCGCUUUCGCACUCAGUCUCGCUGCUUGCGGGGCACCGGUUGGAGGUGUCGUAUUCCCUAUUGUGAGUUUAUGCACCUGA